AACAGGACACAGUCCGGGAGGGAGAGGACGGGACGCAGCCUGGAGGACAAAGGUCAUUCAGUUCCAUCCAAAGCCAUGGGGUUCACACGCUUUGCCGUGAUGCUGUACGUCACCAUGAUGCACCUUGUCUCAGGAAUGCGCUUUAUGACUCCUGAGCCGGAUGCACCCCCAACAUUAGCCCCAGACUCACCAGCUGACCUGAUCCACGCUGCCCUACAGAGUAAGGAGUACUUAGGACGAGCUUCUGCAGCAGCAGGUACGACCACAAACCCGACGCAAGCUGUGCCUGGACUCGGGCGCAGCGAGUCGGCAGCGACAGCCAUGUCACCAGGACUCCUCACCACGGCUUUAAGCUCCUCUUCUGCUGCCGGCCAGACAGGAUCAAGGCACAGCCUGUCUCUGCUGCCCAUAGAGGAGGAGACAACCACCACUCUGAUCACCACAACCACCAUAACCACGAUGCACAUGCCAGUGCAGUGCAAUGCGACUCUGUCAGCGAUGGAGGAUGUCGUUGAGUCACCAGAUCCGGCAUCAUCAUCAUCAUCGUUUGCCCCUCUGGAAUGCACCUACAGCAUCACCGUGUACGCAGGGUACGGCGUGGAAAUCCAGGUGAGAAAAGUGAAUCUGUCCAAGGAAGAAACUCUGACGAUCAUGGGGCACGGAGGCACGGCGCCAGAGCUGUUAGCCAACGAGACCCUGAUGAGAGAGGGUCAGGUGAUCCGCAGCACAACCAAUCAGGUGUACAUCCACUAUCGCAGUCUCCGACAGACCAACCACGGCACGUUCAGCCUCCACUAUCAAGCCUUUCUGCUGUCCUGCCCUUUCCCUCUGUCUCCUGAGGGCGGCGGCGUGACAGUGACGGACAUCCAUCCUGGAGGUCAGGCGCACUUUCACUGCGAUUCAGGCUUCCAGGUUCGUGGCCACGAGGUUUCCACGUGUGUCAACACGACGCAGCCUCGCUGGAGCACACGUGAACCUCAGUGUGUUGCUGUGUCUUGUGGAGGUUGGAUACGUAAUGCAACAGUGGGCCGAAUCCUGUCUCCACCCCCGACAUCCGUCAGCAACCACAGUAACGUCAAUAACCUGAGCUGCCACUGGUUGAUAGAAGCCAAAGAGGGACACAAGCUCCACCUGCACUUUGAGAGGAUCGCACUGGAUGAAGAUGAUGAUAAGUUAAUUGUGCGCAGUGGAAACAGUUCCCUGUCUUCACCGCUCUUCGACUCAGACCUGGAUGACGUCCCGGAGCGUGGGUUGCUCAGCGAGAGCUCCACGCUGUACCUGGAGCUCACAGCGGACUCUUCCUCCAUCCCUCUGCUUCUGGCUCUGCGAUACGAGGCUUUCGAUGAUGAGCACUGCUGGGAGCCGUACAUGCCCCAUGGGAACUUCAGCAGUAGUGACAUCACGUAUCAGCUCGGCACCACUGUGACCUUCACCUGCUCUCAGGGCUUCGUCAUGGAACAAGGCUCAGGGUCCAUCGAGUGUGUGGACCCCAGCAGCCCCCACUGGAACGACAGCGAACCUGUGUGCAGAGCUCUGUGCGGAGGGGAGUUGACUGAGCCCGCAGGGACCAUCCUGUCUCCUGAUUGGCCCCAGAGCUACUCCAAGGGGCUUGACUGCGUGUGGCAGAUCCAUGGAAGUGAUGACAAACGCAUUCUGCUCGAAGUCCAGAUCAUUAAUAUCCGCCACACUGACGUGUUGACCGUUUUUGAUGGACACGAUCUCAUGUCUCACGUGAUCGGACAGUACCUGGGGUCGCGAGAGCGUUUCCAGCUACUGUCAGGGGGGUCAGUGGUCACCAUCCAGUUUCAGAGUGAUGCGGAUGACUCCAGUUUUAUCCUGAGUCAGGGAUUCCUCAUUCAGUAUCGUGAGGUGGAGCCAAACGACACCUGCCCCACCCCCCCUCAAAUUGAGUUUGGCUGGAUCAGCUCGUCCCACACCUCCCAUAUGAGAGGCAGUGUGCUGACCUAUCAGUGCCAACCAGGAUAUGACAUCAGUGGCUCCGAUAUCAUCACCUGCCAGUGGGACCUGUCCUGGAGCAGCAGUCCACCUACUUGUGUUAAAGUCCAGCAGUGUCCCGAUCCCGGAGAGGUGGUUAACGGUGCUCGCUCUGUGCGCCCUGAAGCCGGGUUCGCCGUUGGAACCGUCGUCCGUUUCUCUUGUAACCAGGGUUACCAGCUGGAGGGCCCCAGCCAGAUCUCCUGCCACGGACGAGACACCGGCACACCCAAAUGGAGUGACCGCAGCCCGAAGUGUGUCUUGAAAUAUGACCCGUGUCCUAACCCCGGAGUCCCAGACAACGGUUAUCAGACCUUGUACAAACACAGCUACCAGGCAGGAGAGACGCUGCGUUUCUUCUGUUACGAGGGCUACGAACUUAUCGGGGAGGUCAUUAUCAGCUGUGUUCCCGGACACCCCUCUCAGUGGAACAGCCCGCCACCCUUCUGCAAAGUGGCGUAUGAGGAGCUCCUGGAUGAUCACAAAUCAGAAGUGUCUCAGUCAUUCGAGCCAUCCCAUCAGAUCCUGAGUGAGAACAUUGCUUUGGCAAUAAUUCUGCCGAUCAUCCUGGUCAUCCUCCUGAUCGGAGGGAUUUAUAUGUACUACACGAACAUCUGCAGACUAGAAUGGAAGCCGCUCUUCUGGAAGUCUCUGUCUCACACACACUCCUACAGUCCCAUCACGGUCGAGUCCGAUUUCAACAACCCUCUGUACGAGGCAGGGGAUACACGGGAGUAUGAGGUGUCCAUUUAAAGGAGAAUGUGUUUUUGGUGAGAAUUAAGAACC